AUGACGUUGAUAUUUUCAUCAGGCAGACAUGAACAUGUUCAUCAUACAGGAAACUACUUCCGCAGUGAUGAGCUCGAAGCAUUACAAUCUCAGAUAAUUUAUAAACAAAGGUUCCUGGAUUACGCCAAGGAAGACAUCCUUCACAUGACACCACCAAACUUUCUACCGAAGCUGAAGAACCCAUGCUGGUAUAAACAAAAAAAAGACAAAAAUGGAUCAUUGACACUGAGUUGUGUACCAUACUUCAUGUUAUUAGGACAGAAAAAAUGCGGAACAACAGAUCUAUUUGCUAGUAUUGUUACUCAUCCUGAUAUAAUUUCACCCAAAGGAAAGGAACCACAGUUCUGGGCUAGAUUUCGUCACUGUUAUUGCUGUGGAAACCUGACCUAUCAAUUCCGAUGUAAAAAACCUAACAAAGCACGGAAUUGGGACGAUUAUGUCAAUUACUUCGACAGCACAGCAAAGAAAAUACAACAUUUGCUGACUGGUACGACAUUGGCGGAGAAAAAGCGUAGUAGAGAAAUCAUCACGGGAGAGGCGUCGCCUUCGAAUUUAGAAGAUAAUCGAUGGUGGUGGAACUAUGCAGUGAACCAGUAUGAUACUGAACCUCCGGCUCUGACAAACGCCAAUUAUAUACACCGUUUCAUGCCCAAUCUGAAAAUGAUUAUCAUUCUCCGGAACCCUGUGUCAAGGUUGUAUUCUGACUACUUGUUUGUCAGCGAAGGAGAAGUGUCGGCAAAACGAUUCCAUCAAGAAGUGCUAAAGGAAAUACGUUCAUUCCAGAGCUGUUCUAGUUACCACGAUAUUCGAUAUUGCCUGGAUCACAACUCUUUUAAUGAGGGAAAUGUGACUAGUUCGGUACCCCUAAGCAAUGGGUUCUAUGUGGUAUUCAUCAAAGAGUAUAUGAAGUUUUUCCCUCGAAACCAGUUUCAUAUAAUACGACUUGACGAGUAUUCCAAAAACAAGUCGGAGGUCAUGAGGAAUAUUUUUCGCUUUCUAGAUGUGGGUGACGUAAAACAACAAGUAAGAAAUACCUCAAAAAACAGCAGAAAGAAAAAAGGCUCAGACACUCGAGACAUGUUACCGGAAACACGUUCCUUACUAACUGAAUUCUACCAACCAUACUUAGUUCAGCUAGCCGAUCUACUGGGGGAUGAGCGGUACCUCUGGAAGGAUUAGAUAACAAUCAUUAUGACGAAACGCAUUAAAAGUUGUUCAUGGGUUCAUAUUGUUACAAAGUGUCACAUCCUAAUUGUGUCCUGGGAUUCAACAACAACAGUCCCAGCCUCCUGAAUUAGCAAACUUUUUAAUUGAACGCCGGGCAGCGUUUACGUUUACGAUAACA